AGCAACUGACGUCUGGCGGCCUGGUUCGGCUGCCACCCACCCCCACCCUCGUGCCACCCUCGCCCACGUGCAAGCUGGAGCCGUGCGCCACGUGCAGGAGCGAACGGGAUGCGGAAAACACGUGGCGAGAGAAGGCAAUCAACGGAGAUGCCCUCUUCAGAGAACGCAGCUGGAGCUUCAAUCUGUUUGACAACGCGCAUCAGGUAUACAAGACCAGCGCCACCAAGCAGGGUCUGAUCGCCAAGCUGACCAAGAAGGGUCGGGGUCGGUCCUGUGGUGUGGCCGAGGUGCGGGGCUCAGACAGCUGCUCGCUGCGGGCACUCCUGUCACCGUCUGACGAAUCCGCCUGGCUGGGAGGGGCCACCAACAACAGUCGCAUCUGUGAAGAUGACGUCAUUGAGAUGCACGAGCACCAGUCCUCUCUACCACUGCAGCCGAGCCAGAGGGCGCCGGCGGCGGCCCGACCGACGCCCCAGCUGCGGGAAUCUGUCCUCACCGUGUCGGAGCGAGCUGGAGCGUCCUGUCGCUCCGGACCCUGCGUGUCACUCAUCAAAGCAGACGCCGCGUGAGGGGCGCCGGGCGCGACGUGACGGGCGCCUGUGAGAGUCUCUUCGAGAUGUCUAGAUGGAUCUAUCACAGCUGAUGACUGAUGAGUGAUGGAGAUGAUGUGGUCUUGAAGUGAGGCCAUCUGAGACGCCACGAACCAUCCCUGGGCUGCGUUCUUUGUAAAAAGAUCGAAGAACGAUAGAGCGCAACAACGUGAGGGGUGUUCUGAAGGGACUCAAAGCGCCCUCUUGCAGUCGAGAGUCCUGGGGUAGUGAACGGCGACGGAAUCCGAGAGGGCGCUGCGGUAAAAUGAGAGACGACGCUGAAACUGAGCCAGAACUGUCGCUGGAGCAGAAAGUCGAUGGAAACGCUGCAGGGGGUCCACACCGUUCUGUGCUUCUAUCCUCAGGAUACUGAAAUCCUUCUCCUCCACGCCGCAACCCCACUCCGGGCUGGACAGGCAACUUUAUCUCAUGCGGGCUGCUCCCUUGGAGCGGCACCGCUGCUCCCGAGGGAGCGCACCCCGUAGCCGGGUGCAGUGAGUGCCUUGGGGCUGGGUGGCCUGUCCUCUGGACGGGCUCAGCCCCGGCGACUCACUAGGGUGCCUGCCCAGACCAAUGUCUCCCCCUAAUUCCUAUCAUCCUUCUGGCUCUGCAAUGGUCUUGUCGACCGAAAGGGCCUAACCCAACAAAACAAAAAAAAAACAGGGGGGUCCGAGACGCCACUAUGACGAUGCUAAAUGUUUCUCGUCUGUUCAAAGGAGGUAUUGGUGAAGAGGGUAGUUCUCCGUGGAGGACGUAGUGAGGUACCUGAAGGAGGCUAGGCACAGCGCAGGACUCAGAUGGAUCGAAACAUAUUAUAUGUUCUAUGUAUUUUUAGAGUAUGCCGCACAAGCUCGAUAGCCGCAUAUUAUUCGUUCAAAGAGGUGCGACAUUUGAAAGGUAUUGUAUACGUGGGAAUCGUUCCUUCCUGUUCGCGUGUGUGUUGCUGUUGAUUUCAUGUAAAGGUAAUGUUUGACAGUCUAGGAAUAGUUGUCAAGAAUCUACGGUGUGAUCAUAGAUGGGUAGGUACUUACUACAGUAAAGCAUGAACAUGUGCUAGUCAAGAGAUUUAUAUGAUCUCAUUUCAGGUGACCUUGAACAUGAACUGUAUCUUGUGUGGGAUGUGAUUAUAGACGUAUGGUAGUGCGAAACGAGAUUAAUAGUGUACUGGUGAUUUAAUGCUUGUGCCGUAUGGCACACUCGUCUUCGUUCGGUGCUUUAUAGUGUAACUGGUAUCGCCAUUUUUAACCAGAAACCAAAGCUUUAUUGUGAUACGCGUUUUUGCAACUAUUUAUUGAAACAGUCUUUCUUGAGUUAUGUAGUUUGUUUUAUAUUUUUUGUUUGAAAGGGUUUCGUAGUUUUCCUAGAUCAGUGUCUAAAAAAGAUGUCCCUCUUGUCCAUGGAGACUUACUUCAGUACUAAAAGUUUCGAAUAUUACAGAUUGUGUGUUCUGUGUAUGAAUUAUCGGUGUUCAUAAAUGUUUGGUGUGUACCUAUAUUGUGUAACCAAUUAUGGGCAUUACCGGUGUCUCGCGUGUAAUUCGUUGUGAUGUGAUCAGCGACUGAUGCUCAUUGGGUGCUUUAGAUGAACAAUUAUCACCUGGUG